GGCACAUUGAAUGUAUUAUAUGUCAUUUAUGGCACAUUAAGUGCAAUUUAUGUAGCAUAUGGCACAUUGAAUGUAUUACAUGUAGUUUAUGGCACAUUAAGUGAAUUAUGUGUAGCAUAUGGCACGUUGAAUGUAUUAUAUGUAAAUUAUGGCACAUUAAGUGAAUUAUGUGUAGCAUAUGGCACAUUGAAUGUAUUAUAUGUAGUUUAUGGCACAUUAAGUGCAUUAUGUGCAUAUGGCACAUUGAAUGUAUUAUAUGUCAUUUAUGGCACAUUAAGUGCAAUUUAUGUAGCAUAUGGCACAUUGAAUGUAUUACAUGUAGUUUAUGGCACAUUAAGUGCAUUAUAUGUAGCAUAUGGCAUAUUGAAUGUAUUAUAUGUAGUCUAUGGCACAUUAAGUGCUUUAUGUGUAGCAUAUGGCACAUUGAAUGUAUUACAUGUAGUUUAUGGCACAUUAAGUGCAUUAUAUGUAGCAUAUGGCAUAUUGAAUGUAUUAUAUGUAGUUUAUGGCACAUUAAGUGCAUUAUAUGUAGCAUAUGGCACAUUGAAUGUAUUAUAUGUAGUUUAUGGCACAUUAAGUGAAUUAUGUGUAGCAUAUGGCAAAUUGAAUGUAUUAUAUGUAGUUUAUGGCACAUUAAGUGUAU